GUGUGUGUGUAGGAAUACAUGACUUUUUUAUGUACUGUUUAUGUGUAGUAUAUGUGUGUGUGUGUGUGCGUGAGUACGUGUGUGUGUGUGUGUGUGUGUGUGUGUGUGUGUGUGUGUGUGUGUGUGUGUGUGUGUGUGUGUGUGUGUGUGUGUGUGUGCGUGUGUGUGUGCAGUGCAGCGGGGCGGGGCAGGUCAGUCUCGUCUCACACCUGGCCGCGAUAGGAAGGUGCCGCGCAGGUGCACCUCUGUCACCUGUGUGCUGCACCUCUGCCUGUACCUAUGUGGCCCUGUAUGCUCCUGUAUACUCUCCACCUGUGACUUCUCUGUGACCGCUGUGUGAUCUUGUGUGACCUUAUGUGACCUGUGCAAAGUUCCUACCUGUGUGAUUUCUCUACCUGUAUAGCCCUGUAUGCUCCUGUAUUCCCCCCUUCUGUGACCUCUGUGUGACCCUACGUGACCUGUGCAAUACUUCUACAUGAGCGAUUCCUUACAGUGGUGUUUCUCAGUGACUUCUGUCUGUACCUGUGUCACGUCUGUGCUCCUCCGCGGCGUCUACGUACCUGUGUGCAUGUGUACCUUUUGUAAUCAACGUGCACCACUGCAGCACCUGUGCGGCCUUUACUACUGCUGUGUGUCAUUGAAAAAAACAAGAGGAAACGAAUACAACAAGGAAAAGAAAAAUAGAAGGAGGAAUAAUGAAUAUGAAUAAAUGAAAAGUGAAAAAAAUGGAAACUUUUUUUUUUUUGGCAGAGAAUGGAAAUUAGAUUUGCCUCGAGAAAUUUUGUACUUUUAUGGAGAAAGUUUGUACAUGAGAAAACUAGAAAAAAUACAUAGUAUGAAUAAGAAAAAAUAAAAUGACUUGAAAGAAUAAGAAAAUUAUAAGGAAAACAAGAAAAAAUCGAAGAACUUUAAAAGAAAAAGCGAAAAAAAACAUUCUUCACGAGAGAGAGAGAGAGAGAGAGAGAGAGAGAGAGAGAGAGAGAGAGAGAGAGAGAGAGAGAGAGAGAGAGACGUAAUAAUGUAAAAAGAAAAGACAUUACAGAAGAAAAUGGGUGAUAAAGAAGCACAAGUAAAAAUGAAUAAAGAAGGAAACAACGUAAUGAUAAGAGGAGAAAAAUGAGAAAAUGGAAGAUUAGGAAAAAAUAAAAAAAAUGCAGUAAUAAUAUACAAGGAUAAGAAAUAAUGAAGAAAGGAGAAAAAAGAAGAUAAAAAGCCAAGCAAAAAACAGAGAGAGAGAGAGAGAGAGAGAGAGAGAGAGAGAGAGAGAGAGAGAGAGAGAGAGAGAGAGAGAGAGAUAAUGUCGAAACGCAAAAGAACAGAAAGACAAAGAAAAAGAAUAAGGAAAUUUGGUUGAGAGAGAGAGAGAGAGAGAGAGAGAGAGAGAGAGAGAGAGAGAGAGAGAGAGAGAGAGAGAGAGAGAGAGAGAGGCCAAGGAAAGGAAAAAGAGAGAGAAAAAGAGAAAGAAAGAAAGAAAGAAAGUGAAAAAAAAUAAAGAUAAUGAACUUUGCCCUCACACCCAUCUACUUCAUUGCUAGCCUGUGGUGUGUGGCCGCGCCCUCUCCUGCCGCCGCGCAGGGUAACUGUGCCAUCGAGAAGGCCAUCCAGACCAUUGGACACCCUUUCCUGGCCAGGGUGAUUCCGUGCGACUACGUAAAGGAGUACCCGCCCCCCACGGAGAACUCUAACCCAGUUCUCCGUGCACUUCGCCCAUGUUGAUUCAAGACAUAAAUUCCAUCAACGCAGCGGACAUGGACUUCAGAGUGGACUUGUUCCUACACAUGACCUGGGUUGACCGUCGCCUGAACCUGAGUCACCUCGCCUCGGGUCAGGCCUUCCACACGCUCCCCUCCUACGUCAUCGACCACAUCUGGACCCCCGACCCCCUACGUCACCAAUGCCAAGGAUGCUGCUCAGCCAUCACCAAGCUCACCACGACCUACGCCUCCGUCACGCUGUACCGUAACCACACCAUCAAGUACUCUGCGCGUGUGUACAGCACCAUAGCCUGCCAGAUGGAGUUUUAUGGUUACCCUAUGGACGUCCAGACUUGCGCCAUGAUCAUGCAGAGUUUCAUGUACUCAUCCAAGGAGGUGGAGUUUGACUGGAGGAAAUGGUCGCCAGUAAUGAUCAACCCGGAGCUCAGAUUGCUGCAGUUCUCCCUCAAACAGCCGCUCAAGAAUUACGUCAACAGGUCCACGGAAGACGAGCUGGGGCAGAAGGUCAUUCAGCUGGUGGUGGAGCUGGAGUUCUCGCGGGAGAUCGGGCAUCACUUGGUGCAGACCUUCGUGCCGUCCUUCCUGGUGGUGGCGCUGUCCUGGUUCAGCUUCUGGCUCGGGCUGGAGGCAAUACCGGGCCGGGUGACGCUGCUGGUGACCUCCCUGCUGACCAUUACCACGCUCUUCACCGGCAUCAAGGAGGGACUACCGCCUGUUGCUUACGUCAAGGCCAUAGACGUGUGGAUGGCUGGCUGCAUGGUGUUCAUCUUCGCCGCCCUGGGAGAGUUCGUGGUGGUGAGAGUGUUGAACGUCAUGCACGCCUCUCAGCGCCUCCACCCAUCCUACCUCCCUCCCAUCCCUAACCCUCCCUCCAUCAACCCGCCACAGCCUCCCUCUCCCUCCCCCUCCGUCUCAUCCUCCUCCUUCCUCCUGCCCCCCACUUCCACCACGGCAGCCGCGCCCCAGUCCCAAACAGAAAAGUACGACCAGCAUCUGCGGCGAGUGACAGUCAUCUCCCACGGCAGUCGUGCCAACAACACCACAGCGAGCAACACCAAUAACUACAACAACGGCCUCACCACUCACUACAACCACAACCACGACCACUACACCCGCCACCACCAAAACACCAACAGCAGGAACCGCAAACCCGUGGACGUUAGGGAAAACGGACACAUAGGUCUGAGCGUGGGCGCGGGCAUUGGCAAUAAUGAGGGGACCGGCGGAACACGGGCGGGCUUGGGCUCAUCAUGGGACCCUGAGGCUGGGUGGGUGGGCCGAGUGCCGCCGCCUACAGGUCGCCCACGCCAGCAGAUUGGGCGGCUGAGUCUGCAGUGGAUCGAUCCCAAGACUGGAGAGAAGAAGAUUUUGUGGAAGGAAAUUGAUAAAGCCUCGAGAGUUGUGUUUCCACUCAUGUUUUUAUUGUUUAUGUUAAUUUACUUCCCGAUCUUGGUGUCCAGGGCUUUUUGAGAGAGAGAGAGAGAGAGAGAGAGAGAGAGAGAGAGAGAGAGAGAGAGAGAGAGAGAGAGAGAAUGUGUGUG